AAAUUUGACUAAUUCUAGUAGGAAAUAAUAAUAUGAAUAAGUUUACAAAAUAAGAAUAAUAAUAUGAAUAUCAUAGACAUAUGAAAAUAUUACAAAUGAUGAAAAUUCAGGUUUACAUUUUUAUGCUUCCUAAUACUAUAUAUUUAAAAAUAAAUUUGUUUUUUUUGUUCUAGUAUUUUGAAAAUAUUUUAAUGUAAAUCAAAAGAUAUUUAAUAACAUAAAUCAUAUACAUGGAAAUAUGAAGGUGAGUGUGGAAAUUUCUUUAAAAAAAAAAAAUUUGGCAUCCGGAAAUUUCUAAUUGAUAUAGGAAAUAAAAAUAUUAAAUUGCACUGAUUUUUUUAAAACCUUUCAAAAAUAGCUUUGCAUUUUUAACAUAUUUAGUAUAAACUAAUUUGUUUUAGUAACAAUGUAAAGCUUACCAACAAUUCUUUUGAUUCUUUCGAAAUAGUAAAAUUAUCAUUCUGUAUAGAAUGAAAUCAUCUUUGGUUAGUAGCAUGAACUAAUAAAUAAAAGUUCAUAGAAAAUAAACUCUCCAUACAAAAAAGAAAGACAAUGAAAUUAAACAAAAGGCCAUAAAAACUGUUGAUUUCCUUAUUUUAAGAAAUCGUUUAAAAAAAGUUCUAUCCGAAAAGUAGCCUCCCUCACGCACCUUCAAAGGGGACGACGACUAGAAGGUAGAAGGAGUCAAAGCAGAGAAAUAACUACCAAAUGGCAAAAGAAGUUUCUGUAGACUUUAUAAAUAUAAUCAAACAUCUCUGAGAAUAAUUCUUGAAUCGUUUUCUAAAACGCGACAUUCUUUCUCCUCUCUCUAUCUCUGCGACUUUUCAGGAAAGAGAGAUUUUGGAAACCAGACGACGAGGCUGAAUACGAAGAAUCUCGAUGAUGAUGAUGAUGAUGAUCUUGUCCUCCUGCUAGCUUUGAUAAAUCCUCUGUUUUGUUCCUCUGUUUUGUUCUAAUCCUCUGUUUUGGUCCUCUGUUUUUAUUUCAUCAUUCUUUGCUCGUAAGUCGUUACGAUCUCUCUUUCGUCUUUUUAUUUCGCAAAUUUCGAUAAAUCUCAUUGAUUUCACCAAACCCUUGUCUCCAAAUCUCAUUAUUUCAAUUUUCAUUUCCCAAAAAAAAAAAAAAAAUCUCUUCUUUUAAAAAAACUCUGUUUUAACGAUCAUCAUGGGCUGUGCGAGCUCGAAGCACCACCGCAAGAAAUGCAUCCAUUGCCGGAGAGGAUAUUCUCCGGUAGACAUUCAGCGAAGCAAAUCUGUGCGCCACCCAUCGCAACGCUCCGACGAUAGCCCCCACAUGGUCCCUCUCAGCUCCUCCAGCUUCGGAUCUCUCAAGCUCUGCGACUACUCUUUCGGACAAAACCACAAAGACUUGCUAGACUUCAGCGGGAAGCUUGUCGCCGACGGAACAGGAGAUGGGUUUGGUCCUAAGGAAGUCAGAGCGAGGCCCGACAAGGAGAGGUCGAGUUUGGAAAUGCAGGCUAAGCUCAUGGAAGCUAAAGUAUGGUCAAGUAUGAUGAGCGAGAAGAUCCCCAAGAUUGUGCCUAAAACUCCUAUCUUGACGCCUCCGGGAGAGCCGGAGACGAUCAAUACUUGGGAGAUGAUGGACGGGCUUGAAGAUGGUCUUCGUUCACCAAACCACGUUAGCAGCUUCUCCUUUGAAGUUGCUCGUGGUGGUGAUUGUGAACGUACCAAGUCGAAUUGUGAUCUAAAGCCAUUGUGGCUUCAGAUGGAGGAAGAAGGGCUCGACGAUUUCGAUCCAGAGAUCAUUUCUUCGUUCAGGAAGUCUCUCCAAGAACUCCCUUCUAAUCAUCCUUUCCAUAUCUCGGUUCAUGAUUUGAAACUAAACCCACAGUUUGAGUUCUCUGAUGAAGAAGAAGAGGAGGAGAAAGCUGUUGGUAAAGACAAGGUGAUACUCUACUUCACAAGCCUUAGAGGUAUAAGGAAGACAUAUGAAGAAAGCUGUGAUGUUAAAGUUAUACUGAAAGGCCUUGGGAUUAGAGUGGAUGAGCGAGAUGUAUCGAUGCAUUCGGGUUUUAAAGAUGAGCUGAAGGAGCUGCUAGGUGCUAAAUUUAGCAAUGGUGUUGGGAUCACAUUGCCUAGAGUUUUCUUGGGGAGGAAGUAUCUCGGAGGAGCUGAGGAGAUUAGGAAGUUGAAUGAAGAUGGGAAGCUUGAGAAGCUUCUACAAGGAUGCGAGAGGGUGGAAGAAAACAGAGAUGGUAAUGGGAUAGAAUGUGAGGCUUGUGGAGAUGUAAGGUUUUUGCCAUGUGAGACGUGUUCAGGGAGUUGUAAAGUGUACUAUGAAGAUGAAGAUGAAGAAGAUGAUGAAGAUGAUGGUGGGAGUGUGAAAGAAGGAAGAGAGUAUGGGUUUCAAACAUGUCCUGAUUGUAAUGAGAAUGGACUCAUUAGAUGUCCUCUUUGUUGUGUUUGAACAUACACAAAAAGGUAAAACAUUAGUCUUGUUUUUGUUUGUUUUACUACAUUGGAGUUUUGAGUCGCUUGUGGGUUUUCUUGCCUCUACAGAUUUUGUUGUACAUAAAGAGGUUUUUAUUGUGAAAAAAAGAAGAAAAGAGUUAUAUUUCAAGUGUAAAUUGUUGUUUAUUCUGUUGACCAAAAAAAAUUGCUGUUUAUUCUUUGAAAUUUCAU